AUGCGCAAGGACGUGCGCAUCGUCCUUGCCGGCGAUCCAGAUGUAGGAAAGUCCACACUGAUCACCUCGCUCGUCAAAGAGGCCUACGUGGCCAAGGUGCAGAAGGUCGUACCACCCAUCACGCUCCCGCCCGAGGUCGCACCGGAAGCCGUCGUAACAAAGAUCGUCGAUACCAGCUCCAGCCAAGAACACCGCGCCAACCUCGAAUCAGAGCUGCGUCGCGCCAACGUCAUCUGCAUCGUCUACUCGAUCUCGGCACCCUCGUCCUUCGAUCGCAUCCCCACCUACUGGCUGCCCUACAUCCGAUCGCUCGGCAUCAACGUGCCCGUCAUCCUCGUCGGCAACAAGAUCGAUCUGCGCUCCGGCGACGUCACCAACGCCGCGCUCGAAGAUGAGCUCGCGCCCGUCAUGGCCGAGUUCAAGGAGGUGGAGACGUGCGUCGAGUGCUCCGCACGCAUCCCGCUCAACGUCAGCGAAGUGUUCUACUUUGCUCAAAAGGCCGUGCUCUACCCGACAGCGCCGCUCUACGACAGCCGCGAGCACGUGCUGAAACCGGCGUGCGUCGAUGCCUUGAAACGCAUCUUCCGCCUCUGCGACUCGGACAAGGACGGUCUGCUGAGCGACGCCGAGCUCAACGAGUUCCAGAGCAAGUGCUUCGACACGCCGCUCCAGGCGCAGGAGCUCGAGGGCAUCAAGGACCUCGUCAUGCACGCUCCCGUCGCCGGCAUGCGAUACAGCCACGAAAACGCCAGCGUCGCCGCUUCCGGCUCGAGCAUCAACGGCGACGCGCCCGCCCACCACCCGCAUCUGCGCGAGGGCAGCCUCACCAUGGCCGGCUUCCUCUACCUCCACACGCUCUUCAUCCAGCGCGGGCGUCUCGAGACCACAUGGACCGUGCUGCGCACUUUCGGCUACGGUGCCGAUCUCACACUCGAGGACUCGUUUGUCAAGCCUGCGUUUGCGGUGCCACCAGAGUGCUCGGUGGAGCUCUCGCCGCUGGGCUACCAGUUCCUCACCGACAUCUUUGAGGUGCACGACAAGGACCGCGACGGCGCGCUCAGCGAGGAAGAGCUCGACAGCCUCUUCAUCACCGCGCCCGACAGCCGCCACCCGUGGCAGGGCACCGGCUUCCCUGCGUCCACGAUCACCGACGAGCACGGCGCCGUUACGCUCCAGGGCUGGCUUGCGCAGUGGAGCAUGACCACACUGCUCGACCAUCGUACCACGCUCGCCUACCUCGCCUACCUCGGGUACCCGUCUUUUCCGCUGUCGGGUUCGUCGGCAAGCACAUCGGCGCCCUCGCCCACACCACUCACGCCUACCGGGCCGCCGGGAUCGCGGCCUUCGCGCAACCACGCACCAUCACCACCUUCCACCACCUCGGCGCUCAAGCUGACGCGGCCAAGAAAGACGGACAAGAAGAAGAAGGGUGCGAUCCAGCGCAGCGUCUUCCUGGGCUUUGUGCUCGGUGCGGCGGGGAGCGGCAAGACGGCGAUGCUGCGCAACAUGGUGGGCAAGCGCUUCGAGAGCGCAUACGAGCCCACGCAAAAGAUGAUGAGCGUGGUGAGCACGGUGGAGCAGGCGGGUGCGGAGCGCUAUCUGGUGCUGCAGGAGUUUGGAUCGCGGUACGAGGCCGAGGUGCUGCGCAAUACGGCCAAGCUUUCGGCGGCGGACGUGAUUGUAUUCGUGUACGACUCGAGCGACACCAACUCGUUCAGCUACAUUUCGAAUCUUCGCCAGCAGUAUCCGCUGCUGCAGUCGAUGCCGUCGCUGUUUGUGGCGACCAAGGCGGAUCUGGAUCUGGCGCAGCAACGGCACGAGGUGCAGCCCGACUCGUACUGCCGAAAGCUGGGGCUCAAGAUCCCUGGGCUUGGAGCGGGACCGCUCAACAUCAGCAUCCGCGAUGGACAGGUGGCCGAUCUGUAUGGGCUCAUCUGUGCCAUCGCCGUCGAUCCCAAGGGGGCCGUGCAGGGGGGCAACGACCGCAACGCGCUCAGCUUCAGCACGAACCGAUGGCAGUUUUGGGGCUACAUCGGUCUCGUCGUCGUCGGCGGCGGAGGAGCCGUGUGGAUCUGCGCUCGCGUGCUCAAGGUGCCCAUCGGCAGCACGCUCGGGUUUGGCAGCACCACGUCGCAAGCAGGUUGGUGGCCGUCGCGGUCGGAUGCGCGCGGCGCAGGCGCUUCAGACGCCACGAGGAUCUCGGGCUGGCUCGACUGGAUCCGCUGGCAAGGGUCAUCCAACGUUCGCACCGAGCUCUGA